AUGUCAAAUAGUAGUGAUAUUUCAAGUGUUCAUAGUAAUGAAUCAUCUGCAUCAUCAUCUAGCAUAAAUGAAAAGCUGCAUUCUGGAUCAGAAGAAUCUAACCAAAAAAUAUUAACAACUUUUGCUGGCUUUGCAGGGAAUGUCAAUAACAUGCUAGGAUCUGUUAGCAUCUAUUCAACACCUGGAAUUGUUUGGCAAACAGUUGAUUCGCCUGGUAUUGCAUUGAUUUUAUGGAUAUUUGGUGGGUUCAUAAGUUCAUGUGGGUCAUUAACUUAUGUCGAGUUUGGAACAAUAACUUUAGAAAGUGGCGGUGAAACUGGUUUUUUCAAGAAAGCAUUUCCUGAACCAAGAUUGCUUGCGAGUUAUCUUUUUAGUUUUGCCUGGAUUUGUGCGAUAAGACCCGCAUCUUUAGGAGCGGCAUUACAGACAGUAGCACAAUACUUUCUGUUUGCUAUUAUACCACAUCCUCCUAAAGAUACAAAUGCAGAAAACUAUUGUCAAGAAUUAUACCAAUUUCAUCAACGAUUAAAUCCAAAUAAUGAAUGGGGGUUAAAUUUUUGGUGA